AUGAAGGAACGGGCCAGAAACGUCAAUACGGAUGAUCCGCACGACUACGUGCGUGAAUUGUUCAGACAUACGCUCAAGUUACGUCGGCCGUGGUGGAAGCUCGAGGUCCACGAGCAGCGCAAGGAUGACACGGGACGCGACCUGGAACCCGUCAUCCACAAGUUCGCUGUCGGCGCACCGUACUUCCAGGCUCCCGGUGUGGCUGGACGGUUCACGCGUGGCUACAUCGCCCUGCCUGUCAACGAUCAAGGUGGAAUCAGCAAAGAUGCCACGUUUGUGUUUCUGAAGGACGCGUGGCGCGUGGAUCACCCCGGGAUCGAGCAGGAAGGGGCGACGCUGCAGUUCCUCAAUCAACGUAAGGUGCCAUACGUGCCGACGUUGGUGUGCCACGGCGACCUUGGGCAGGUCACUCAGUCGCAGAAACACUGGAAGGAGUUGCAUCCCGAAGUAGAGAAGGUCCCUUUGAAGACGCACUCGCAUUACCGGGUUGUGGUGAAGGAGGUCGGGCUUCCCCUUACGGAAUUCCUGGAGAGUUCUUCCGAGUUAUGCUAUGCCUUGUAUUGUUGUAUCAAAGCCCAUGCCGCAGCCUUCGAUGCUGGCAUCAUUCAUCGCGAUAUCAGUGCAGGCAACCUGUUGAUAUACAAGGACGACGAGGGCGAGUGGACUGGGCUGCUCAACGACUGGGAACUGUCGAAGAAGGUAGACAACGAAUCUCCUGAGGGUCGUCAGCCGGAUCGCACUGGUACCUGGCAAUACAUGUCUGCGCACGCCCUCAACGAUCCAUAUCAUAGGAUCGUCAUUGAAGACGAACUCGAGUCUUUCUUCCACGUCCUGCUCUACUACGCCAUCCGCUUCGUCCCUCAUAACCUCGGUGACGAGGACGUUGGUCUGUUCUUGCAUGAAUACUUUGACGGGUACUUGUCGACCAAUGCCGGGUACCGAUGCGGCUUGGCAAAGCGGAACGCGAUGGUGAACGGCGUCAUAGAUGUGUCAGGAUACAAGAGCAUUCAGGGCGGCCAGACUCUGAGAUUCCUUUGGCCAGCUCCUCUCGCCAAAUUUACACCGACUCCAGGCCCCAGCCAGCGGUCGUCGUCUCCUGCCCCCAGGAGUAGCCCAUCCCCCGCCGAGCACCCAUCGGCGCGUCCGAACAGCAGCAUUCCUUCGGGACGUUCACCAUCCCCCCAGUUCAGUGCCAUUUAUGGCUCGGAUCUCACUCCGUUGAACUCGGACGACUCCAUUCCGGAAGAGGAACCGCAGGAUGAGCAUCCUAUUAAUGAGAUCAUCUCUGAGCUGCUGACGUGGUUCCGGGCGUACUAUGCCUUGGAUAUGGAGCACACUCGUACACCCUCUGCAAACUCCCGAACGAAGAAGACGUCGAAAGGCAUCAUCCCAAGCCGAUCCCGGGUGGCCUUGAAGAAUGACGGACACCAGGACCAGAAAUGGGCUCGUGGGCGCUCCCUCCAGCCCAUCGCUGCCAAACUAAAAGAGGACGAAGCCCUCAGGGAGAAUCUCAAGACACACGAAGCAAUCCUGUCCCUCUUCAACAACUCUUUCGAGAAGGUCUGGCCAGCGAACGACAAGGGCCCCGACAAGAAGCCGAAGGGAGGAUGCGCACCACCCAAGUCUGCGGUGCCGUCGGACUCGACGCGGACUAGCUCGAAGCGGCGAAGUAUAGACGAUAUACCCGGCGGCACGCUGCUACGUCCCACCAAGCGCAGCAGGAUAUAG